AUGGCUUCUUCGUCUUCCUUCCCGCUGCUUCCUGUUGCACUCCUUGCGUUGUUGGUCUCGUUGCAGGGUGCCAUUGCAUCUGUCCCUAGCCCUCUCCAGGACUUCUGCGUCGCCGAUCUCAACUCGUCAGUUCUUGUCAAUGGAUUUGCUUGCAAGAACCCAGCAAACGUGAGUGCAGAUGACUUCUUCAAGGCAGCCAUGCUCGACAAGCCUAGGGAUACAACAACCAAUAAGGUUGGGUCCAACGUUACACUAAUCAAUGUCAUGGAGAUCCCUGGUCUCAACACACUUGGCAUAUCAAUAGUGCGUGUCGACUAUGCACCCCUGGGUUUGAACCCACCACACACGCACCCUCGUGCAACUGAGUUAUUUACGGUUGUUGAGGGAACACUCUAUGCCGGAUUUGUCACAUCCAACCCAGAGAAUAAACUCUUCUCCAAGGUGCUCAACAAGGGUGAUGUGUUUGUGUUUCCUAAGGGUCUUGUACACUUCCAAUUCAACCUUAACCCCCACAAGCCUGCAUUCGCUAUCUCAUCACUUAGUAGCCAAAACCCUGGGAUUAUUACAAUUGCCAAUGCAGUAUUCAGAUCAAAUCCACCAAUCGCAGAUGAUCUUUUGGCCAAGGCGUUCCAAGUUGAGAAGGGCACCAUAGAUUGA